AUGCACUUGAAUCAGAACCAUAAACACCAUUCAUCAAUAACUUCUAUAUCUUCUUCUAUAUCCAGCAUCGACCUUCACUCAAAUACGUCCUCGCAUACAUCAUUCACUUAUAAAAGAUAUUCAGAAUUGAUGCCUACCAGACGAUGGGACGACUCUCAAUUAGAAAUGGAGCUUGCUGAAGAUGACCUCAUUGAAGAACAAAGGAAAAAAAAAUUCAUCAAUUCAUCUCUCCGACUAAAACUUUCAGAAAACCUUAAAUUUCGUCAUAGUCACAGCAAUAGUAACAAUACACCAUUAUUCAAAAGGCUUUAUAGUUGGUUCACAUAG